AACUACAGAUUAAAAUAGACUGAAAAGAACCCACAACGCCUCAUGGCCCGAGCACGAUGGAAAAAAAAGGCCAGGAGAGAGCAUACCCUGUAGCUAGCACUCGAUUCUGGGGAUUCCACAGUUGAGCAUUUUCAGAGGUGUGGCAGAUGGGGUAUGAUGCACUCUCCAACAAGCUAGGCUGGUCUAGUGAUUGAGCCCACUUUCACCGCCCGGCAGAAUCAAGUCUCCGCCAAAAUUUUUGGAAUUGGAGCUUCAAGUUCUAAAGGCGAAUUGGAACGCUACUGCGCCGACCUUGGAUAGGCUUGAACAACAACACAUCAUUCACGAUGGUACGGAAACAGGUCGACAGUCGCAUUCCUGCGCUCCUUAAGAAUGGAUUGCAGGAGAAGAAGAGAAGCUUCUUUGUUGUUAUUGGCGACAGGAGCAAGGAUGUGAUCGUGAACCUGCACUUCAUCAUGACGCAAAGUGAGCUUCGAGCCAACAAAUCCGUCCUUUGGACAUACAAGAACAAGAUGCUUGGCUUCACGAGUCACCGGAAGAAGCGCGAGGCGAAGAUCAAGAAGGAGAUCAAGAAAGGAAUCCGCGAACCAAACACCGAAGACGCAUUCGAGCUGUUCUUGUCCUUGAAUAACAUCCGCUAUUGCUACUAUAAGGAAACCGAAAAGAUAUUGGGUCAAACGUUUGGAAUGCUCAUUCUACAAGACUUCGAGGCCAUGACCCCAAACAUCCUCGCCCGGACCAUUGAGACGGUCGAAGGUGGUGGUGUCGUGGUACUGCUCCUGAAGAACUUGCAGAGUUUGAAACAACUAUACACAAUGACGAUGGAUUGCCACUCGAGGUUUCGAACCGAGGCUCAACAAGAUGUCGUCCCAAGGUUUAACGAACGUUUUAUCCUGUCGCUGGGAAGCUGCAAGUCAUGUUUGAUCAUCGACGACGAGUUCAACGUUGUACCCAUCUCGGGUGCGAAGGAUGUGAAGCUCUUGCCUCCUCCGGAUCUAGACGAGCCCAAAACGCAGGCUCAAAAGGACUUGGAAGCGAUCAAGGAUGCGCAUCGAGACUCGAAACCGAUCGGGUCGCUCAUUACGUUGGCCAAGACGACCGACCAAGCACAAGCAUUACUGACCUUUGUAGAGGCCAUCACAGAGAAGACAUUGCGAAACACUGUCACUCUCACAGCAGCACGUGGUCGAGGAAAGUCUGCGGCGCUAGGAAUGGCCGUGGCAGCCUCAGUUGCCCUCGGCUAUAGCAACAUCUUCAUCACGAGUCCCUCCCCUGAAAAUCUGAAAACGCUUUUCGAAUUCAUUUUCAAGGGAUUCGACGCCCUAGGAUACGUUGACCAUGCCGACUACUCUAUCAUUCAAUCAACCAACCCCGACUUCCAAAAAGCAAUCGUUCGCGUCAACAUCCACCGUGCGCAUCGUCAGACAAUCCAGUACAUUCGGCCCCAGGAUGCCCAUGUUCUCGGCCAAGCAGAACUUCUCGUUAUCGACGAGGCAGCGGCCAUCCCUCUUCCCCUGGUGCGCAAGCUUAUGGGUCCCUACCUUGUGUUCAUGUCAUCGACCAUCAACGGUUACGAAGGAACUGGGCGAUCGCUUUCUCUCAAGCUGAUCAAGCAGCUCCGCGAACAAUCCAGUGCCGGCGCGGCUUCGGAUAGCACCCAGAUUGCGGAUCGCUCUAGCGGAAAAGCGGCGAAAGCGCAGGAGCAAAGCUUCAACGGCGGCCGGAAACUUCGAGAGAUCAAAUUAAAGGAACCUAUUCGAUAUGCGGAGGGCGACCCAGUCGAGAAGUGGCUAAACACCUUGCUUUGUCUGGAGGCAGAAGAGCCCAAAACCAAAUCUCAGGGCUGCCCUGACCCGUCCCAAUGUCAACUGUUCAACGUUAACCGGGACACUCUGUUUUCAUUUCACAAUGUCACUGAGGAUUUCCUGCAGAAGAUGAUUGGCCUUUUCGUUGCGAGUCAUUACAAAAACUCACCCGACGACCUUCAGCUUCUGUCGGAUGCCCCUGGUCAUGAGAUAUUUGUUCUCAUGCCGCCUCAAGAUCAGUGGCCGAGGACAAAGUCGGGAGUCGAGAUUCCAGUACCGCUUUGUGCAAUUCAGGUGUCUCUCGAAGGUCGGAUUAGCAGACAAAGCGUCCUGAACAGUCUGAGCAGAGGAUCCCGCCCCGCUGGUGAUCUGAUCCCGUGGCUUGUCUCCCAGCAAUUCCAAGACGACGAGUUUGCUUCGCUUUCAGGUGCCCGAGUGGUUCGUAUCGCGACGGACCCCAAUUAUAUGAGUAUGGGAUACGGAAGUCGGGCCCUCGAGCUGCUCAUCGACUACUAUGAGGGCAAGUUCACCAGCUUGUCCGAAAGUGAUGACGUGCCCAUGGAAGAAACCAUGGUCCGCGUCACUGAUGCCGAACUUGCCAAGGCCAACCUGCUGGAAGAUGAAAUCAAAGUCCGCAACAUCAACAAGAUGCCCCCGCUCUUUGCGCAACUUUCGGAGCGCCGGCCGGCAAUCUUGGAUUAUAUUGGUGUUAGUUUCGGGUUGACUCAACCAUUACACAAGUUCUGGAAGCGCGCAUCAUUCGCCCCCGUCUACUUAAGACAGACUUCCAAUGACCUGACCGGAGAGCACACAUGUGUGAUGCUUCGGCCGCUCCAGAACACCGAGGACAAGUCGUGGCUGGGAGCCUUUUCCAAGGAUUUCCACCGGCGGUUCCUGUCACUGUUGGGAUACCAAUUCCGCGAAUUUGCCUCAAUUACCGCCUUGAGCAUUGAUGAGUCCGCGAACUCGGCCGCCCAGUUGGAGGCUGCCACAACGCCAGUGCCUCUGACCAAGGCCGAACUUGACGCACUGAUGUCCGUAUGGGAUAUCAAACGCCUCGAGUCCUACGCGAACAAUCUGCUUGAUUACCAUGUCAUCUUGGAUUUGAUUCCCACGCUAGCCACUCUCUACUUCACCGGUCGCCUCCGUGGUGAUAUCAAGCUGACUGGUGUGCAACAAGCCAUUCUGCUGGCCGUGGGAUUACAGCGAAAGGAUAUGGAUGCUGUGUCUCAGGAGCUAUCAUUGCCAACGAACCAGCUGUUGUCGAUGUUCACCAAGAUCAUCCGGAAGGUGACGACGCAUUUCACCUCGUUGAUUACCGGUGCCAUCGAAGCCACCAUGCCCAAGUCUGACGCUAUCGGCGUCAGUGUGGAGAACGCAAGUGGAGCCCAUGAUGAUGAGAAGAUCGACACGCGAUUCGUUGCUCUGCAGACAUCUCUACAGGAUGAGCUCGACGAAGUCGGAGACGAAGCGUUGCUUGAGAUCCGAAAGAAGCAGAGGGAACUCAUUGACUCCCUGCCUCUUGAUCAGUAAGUGGCACCCAUGAGUCCAUGCUGAGAACCCCGCUAAUAUCCUCUUCAGGUACGAGAUCGAAGCCGAUGCGCCUGGUUGGCAGGAGGCAGAAAAGACGGUGCUCAAAGCCGCGAAGCAUGGCCAGUCCAACCCGGUCGUC